UUUGAACUCAUACGCCAAACCGUGGAAAACGCUAUUGGGAAAUCUAUCUCAGAUUUACUUAAUCGGAAUUUUCGUGAACUAUCGGCAAAGGUCGAUCGCUUUUCAGCUGAACUCAAAUCCACCAAUGCCUUGCUGAACAAACUUCAAACUGAUAUUAAUAACAAGGUUGUCCACUAUGGCGAGGAGAAUUCGCGACACUUUAGGUAUCUUUGCAUGAAGUCGGAAUAUGACAAGAUGUUCUACCAACACCAUACGAUGCUGGCAUCCACGUCAGGGACUCACCCAACUGCUGCACCAAAUCCACCCGCAGCGCAACCCCAGAAACAUUGUAGCGGAUCGAAGCCAAGUACAUCGACCAAUGAAUGUGAAAAGGCACAAAAUUCCUGUUCCUGCCGCAGCACUAUAAAAUCGUCGCCCUCGGAGCCCCACAAGACCUCUUCUGAAGAGCGCAGCAUUGGUCAAAAGUCAUCCGAGAUUGGAAUGCGGGAAGUGCUGGAGCACAUUCAACGCUUCUGCACUCAAAUGCAAAUGAGUGAACUAAAAUGCGACGAUCAACCAUUGCCCAAAAGCAACAGCUACCGCUUGGAAGAAGCCAUGAAAAUCAGCAAGCCCGUCUUCGAUGAGGAUGACGAUGAAUUUCAAAUGAGCUCAGAUGGCAUGACGCCGCGCAGCGACGAACACUUGCACCACAGCAAGUAUGGCGGUACGACAAUGCGUAGUGGCAGUACAGCACGUGGCGGCAACGGAGGCGGAGACGCCUAAGGCGAAGGUAUACAUAUCUACAUAUUAAAACAUUAAAAGGAAGAGCUAAA